GGUGAGGAGAGGGAGGAGGGAGGGAGGGGGGAGAAAAGGGAGAAGGCAAUAAAAUAGAAUAGAAGGCAAAGAACCAAUUAGGGCUUCGUCGGAAAAGUAAGCCCUCAAAAAGGGUUCCAUUUGCGAGAUUCUUCUUAUAUCUCGGGCUCAAUUUUCAAUUUCGUUUGGUUCUUCAACUGAAAACGUUAGUUGAAGCAGCUGUUUUGAUAGUGAAUUGCGAUUCGGGGGUGUUUUGAUUCUUGAUCGGCGCUCAAUUAGUUUGGACGUGACGAUGAAGGUUGUUUGAAGCCCAAAAAAGAAGAAGAAGAGGAAGAGGAAAUGGCUGCAAAGUCUAACACAGGGUUUCACCUAGAGGGGACCUUAGGUUCUGCUCUUAAUCGGCACGCAAUUUCUUUUCAAUCUGGCGCUAUAAACAGUGGCUGCACAACGGAUAUGAUUCCCAUGGGGAUGGGGUCGUACUUUGGGAUUAAUACUAGUACUACUAGUAGUAGCUUGAUGUUGCCUGGGAGUUCCAGCUUGAUUAGUAAUAAUACCAGUCCUGGUGGUAGUGGAAGUGGUGGAAUUGUUCAAGCUCAAGCUGGGAAUUCUUCUGCCUCUUCUUCGUUGCUUCUUGAUUCCGUUCCUGGCUUAAAGCAUGAUGCUGGCUUGGCUGUUGAGUGGUCCGUCGAGGAGCAGUACAAACUGGAGGAAGGCCUUCAAAAAUAUGCUGGUGAACCAAGUAUUCUGAGAUACAUAAAGAUUGCAGCCAUGCUCCGUGAUAAAACUGUUCGUGAUGUUGCGUUGAGGUGUAGAUGGAUGACGAGAAAGCGAAGGAAGGCAGAAGAUUAUAACAUGGGAAAGAAGAUCAACAGCAGGAAGGAUAAGCUGGUGGAAUCAUCCUCGAAGAUGAACAUGACUGCAGGUUUACUGCAGAAUGUGGCUUCAUAUCCUCUAAUGAUGCACCAUACAGACCAAAGUGAACUGCCCUUUGAAGGAAUUAGUGGGACGACCAGACUCUUGGACCAGAAUGCUCAAGCUUUUAGUCAGAUAUCAGCUAACCUUUCUACAUUAAUGUUGCAGGAUAACAUUGACUUCUUUUGUUACACAAGGAACAAUAUCACUGCCAUCCUGAACGAUAUGAGAGAGAUGCCUGGAAUAAUGAGUCGGAUGCCACCACUGCCUGUGUCCAUUGAUGAGGAUCUUGCAAAUAGUAUAUUGCCCAAUACAAUUCAGUCAAUGAUGUUUGGAUCGCCUUCUGGAAUACAACUGAAGCAGGAACCAAGGUGCUGAUGGAGAAUCCAUGAGAGGCUGAUUUGGAUUUUAUCUGGUCUGUGCAAGUACAGAAAUCUCACUACUGUAUAUGCUGAGCAGAUGGUAGGAGGCCAUUCUUCCUUUUGUGUACACACUCAUCACAAUUAUGGGUCCCACAGUGGAAAAAUUUGUAGAGAUCCCAUUUUUGGAACCUGAAAUGCUUACCUCACCAGAUGUCAAACUCAAGAACCUGAUAAUAAGAACACACCAGCUGUCCGUUGCUCCUUGGCGCCUGGGAGAGAAUUUCUAACCUGAUCACUGUUAUUUGUAUGAAUUUUGAGUUAAAAGUUUCUUGUGUACAAAUUCAUGAGAUAAGAGAGCCUUGGAGUGGAAUAUUUGGUGCUUAAAUUAUGACUAUUUUUUAGCACGUUAUGCUGCUGGGAUCCAUCAUGCACCCAAUUAGACCGAUAAAUGAUCCUUGAUCACGUUGCUCUUCUUUUUCUUUAACAAGAUUUGAAGUGGUUCUUCUCAA